AUGGAUUCCCCUGCCGUUCCUGUUCCGCGUGAUCCGCAAGAACAGCCUAUCCUCGAACGCCUUCUUCGUACCCGCGAUGCUCUUUUAUUGUUGAAACGAGACAAAUCGUCCUACAUAAAGUCCCGAGAUGUGCUUCCGCUAUAUGAGGCUGUGAUCCAGGAGGUAGAACAACUGCAUGCAGUUCGGGAAGGACAGGAUCCUCGGCAACCUCACAACCGAUUGGACUACAUCUUGGAUGACUGCUUCCAGCUCAUUUCGUUGUUAUUCUUGACCAUUGGCAGAAACAAUGAAGCUCCAGCAGUAUAUUCGCUUGCGACUACAGUCAAGCGCCUGCUCGACCACCUCGAAGAAGCCGGCUUCUACAGCUCCAAAGACCUUUCCUCUAUUACGAAGACCUUGGCAGACAUGCGCCAAACCCUCGAACGUGGUAGACAGGCAUAUUCCCCAGCCCUCUUGAAGCUUCUAGAGAGUCGGAUUCAACAAUGCGAGUGGCAUCUGGAAAGUCUGCAGAAGGGGCUUUCCAUUUUGGCACCUGAGCUUGUGCCUACGCAUGAAACACUUGUUUCUAUUUUGCGGUCGACGUCUGCUGUUAAUACCCGCUCGAAGUUCUCCCCAUCGGAAGUGACUAGCCUGCGAAAGCAACUGGAGAAAAUUCGGGGAAGUUUGAAAGACGGUCACUUCGUCGGCGCUGAUGGCGCACCACUUCAGGGCCAGGAUUCAUUGAAAGGAUUGUUGGAGCGAUGUUGGCGGUGGACUGAGAUUGUUCUGGAGCGGGAAGGACAAAUCGCUGAAGGAUUCCAGGAGCAAUACGAACGUCUGGUUGAAAUUCGGAACCAGCUGGACCGGCUGUCCGUGACGCAAGCGUGGUCGCUCCGCGAGACGGACCUUUUCGAGUUCCAGCGGAAACUUGAUCGCAUUGACGAGGCGCGAGUUAAUGGCAACUUUGUUAGCCCUGAUGGACAACAGGCAGACCUCCAUGCACAGCGGACACUUUUGUACCUGAUCCGCCGAAGCUACGCAUACAUCUAUGCUCUUCUUAUCUCGUCCGAACCGGUGUCCGAGGCAUUGCUGCCUGUAUAUAAUCAGCUACAAACGUUGCGGCGGUGCUUGUUGGAGGUCAAGGAGUCUGGAGGCGUGUCAAACUCGCGUGAACUUUACCCAUACAGCAUGAAGCUCAAUUCGAUUGACAACAUGCGAGUCGACGGCAAGUUCUACGUGGGUAGCGACAUCCCCGAAGGCCAGGGCAGCAUCAAUGCAUUGCUCGCCGAAUGUUACGAUAUUGCAUGGGAGCUCCGCGCAGCGGUAGACGAAGAGGACGAAAGGAGUUGA